CUCUACAGGGACGUCAUGCAGGAGACCUACGAGAUGGUGACCUCGCUGGGAUUUCCCCUUGCCAAACCUGAGCUUAUCGCCCGCCUGGAGCAAGGGGAAGAGCCGUGGGUGCCCGAUCUCCAGGCCUGUGAGGAAAGAAGGCUUCCGAGAUGCACCCAUACAGGUGCUGAGCGAGGGAAUGAGAAUGAGGAGGAGGAGAAUCAUCAGGAAGUUCCUGGAGAAGUGCAACCACAGGAGACCUUUGUGGGAGGAGCUGAAGGGAAAUAUUUCAGUCCAAAGUCAGCACAAAAGUCACUUAACAAAAGCCAUACAGGAGAGAGACCCCAUAAGUGCUUUGAGUGUGGGAAAAGUUUCAUGCAAAGGUCACACCUUGUUAAACAUCAGGCAAUCCACACAGGAGAGAGACCCCACAAGUGCUUGGACUGUGGGAAGAGUUUCAUAAGAAGGUCAAACCUUGUUCAACAUCAGGCAAUCCACACAGGAGCGAGACCCCACAAGUGCUUGGACUGUGGGAAAAGUUUCAUACAGAGGUCAUACCUUGUUCAACAUCUGGCAAUCCACACUGGAGCGAGACCCCACAAGUGCUUGGACUGUGGGAAAAGAUUCAAACAGAGGUCACACCUUGUUCAACAUCAGUCAAUUCACACAGGAGAUAAACCCCACAAGUGCUUGGACUGUGGGAAAAGAUUCAAACACAGGUCACACCUUGUUCAACAUCAGGCAAUUCACACAGGAGAUAGACCCCACAAGUGCUUAGACUGUGGGAAAAGUUUCAUACCUAGGUCAGACCUCGUUAAACAUCAGGCAGUCCACACAGAAGAGAGAUCUCAUAAGUGCUUACACUGUGCGAAAAGUUUCACAUGUAGGUCGGCACUUGUUAAUCAUCAGCAAACCCACACAGGAGAAAGGCCACAUAAGUGCUUGGACUGUGGGAAAAAUUUCAAGCAAAGGUCUCACCUUGUUAAACAUCAGGCAAUCCACACAGGAGAGAGACCCCACAAGUGCUUGGACUGUGGGAAAAGUUUCAUACAGAGGUCAGACCUUGUUUAUCAUCAGGCAGUCCACACAGGAGAGAGACCCCACAAGUGCUUGGACUGUGGGGAAAGUUUCAUACGAAGGUCAGUCCUUGUUUGUCAUCAGUCAGUCCACACAGGAGAGAGACCCCACAAGUGCGUGGACUGUGAGAAAAGUUUCAGAAGAAGGUCAAACCUUGUUCGACAUCAGGCAAUCCACACAGGAGAGAGACCCCAUAAGUGCUUGGACUGUGGGAAAAGUUUCCUAAGAAGGUCAGACCUUGUUUGUCAUCAGUCAGUCCACACAGGAGCGAGACCCCAU